AUUUAUUCCGAAUAAUCUGAGUUAAAAUGUAUUCAGCUCUCUGUUUGAAAACCAACCCGCCUCUUUUAUUAAAUGAUGUUUUCCGACCUUUUUAAUUUCUGUCACGUGAUCUAGCAACGCGGUCACCAUGGUGACACUGGCUUCGUUGAAAAUGGCCGCCGCAGGGUUAGAGCUCAGGCUGGACCAGGUGAGUUCUGAUUGAUUCCGGUGGCACUUUUCAAUCAGAACAUUGAAGAUGUUCGCUGAUGAAGCUCUGGACUCUGUGAGGGUGGAGUCAGUGUGGAGGAGGUCCCAGCAGGGGGCGCAAGAGUCGAGAAGCUGCCAGACCUCAGCCGUUCACAGCGACCAUGCAGGAGUCCAGACCAGGUUCAGAGCCUCCAGGUUCACCCAGACAGAACCGCAGGAGCAGAUAAACCAGCAGGAAGACUUUAAUGGUCCUGAUCCACCAGGUUUGAUGGACUUCCUGAAGCGAGUCGAAGACCUGCUCAUCAAGGAGCUGGUGAAGAACUCCAGAAGCCAUGCUUUUGAUGGUUUCCAGUCAAACUGGGAGGAACGCAGCCAACAUGUUUCACAUCUCCACAGCCUUCAGAAUCCCAGCGCCCAGGAACAAGGUCUGCAUGUGACUGGUGUGUCCUGGAGCUGCACAGGUUCAGUCGUCGCCUGCUCUUACGGUCGGACCGAUGAUGGAGACUGGAGCAACGAGAAGUCCUGCGUUUGUUUGUGGAACUUGGACCGUCGCAGUCUGAGGUCCAAACAAGCAGAUCUGGUUCUGGAUGUUCCUGCAGCUGUUACAUCUGUAUGCUGCCACCCGAAGCAGCCCGCUCUGAUCGCAGGAGGACUGUACAACGGAGAGGUGGUGGUCUGGGAUACCAGUCGGACUCAGGAUCCGGUUCUGGCCCAAACUGGAAUGUCAGCAGACAGCCACAGAGAGCCCGUAUAUCAGGUGGCCUGGGUUCCCCUGCAGAAAAAAGGGGACUUCGGAGUGCUGAGUUCUAGUUCUGGAGGAGGAGUUCUUCUCUGGCUGGUGGAUUCAGACCAGGGCAGAAUGGUUCUGAACGCUGCAUACGCUUUUGUUCGACAGCAGGUUCCCCACAGCAGCAGUCUGAAGAUCCGUGGCAGCAGCACCGUGGGGGUCACCACCUUGGCUUUGUCUCCGUGGGACUCCGACACGUUCCUGGUCGGGUCCGAGGGCGGCCUGCUGCUCCGAUGCUCCUUCUCCUCCCAGACUCCAGCCGCAGUGGCCCCUGAAGGCCGGAGCGUGUCUCCAAGAGCCCCGGCGGUGUUCUCGUUCAGGCCUUCCAGCGGUCCGGUUCACUCGGUGCACUGCUCGCCGUUCCACAGGAAUCUGUUCGUCAGUGCCGGAACCGACGGCAUGGUCCACGUCCACUCGAUGCUGCAGGCUGACCCGCUGCUCUCAGUCAGGGUGUCGGACUGGUACGUGUUCCAGGUGCAGUGGUCCCCCAGCAGGCCGCUGGUGUUUGCAGCCGCCACCGGACAAGGUGAGGUCCAGAUCUUUGACCUGGCCCGCAAGUCGCUCAGACCUGCCGCCACCAUCCAGGAUGGGGGUCCGGAUCAGACCGCGACCUGCUUGGCCUUCAACGGUCCAAACCCUCGGCUCCUGGCGGUGGGAAAAUCAGAUGGGACGGUUGGAAUUUGGCAGCUGAGCUCGGUUCUGACGGAGCAGAGUCCGACAGAGAGCUUCCAGCUGGAGCAGAUAGCCAAUCAGGUUGCAGAGUGAAGGUUUCUGUUCUGGUCUAACUGGGAAAUGAAAUAAAGGCAGGAGGUUUCCAGUUGUAA